UGACAUUAACUUCAUGUUUGCAGGGCCGGGAAGCUUAGCGACGGAGUUCUACUCCUGCCAGCCCUCUGUUAAUACUACUCUACUUGUCCGUGCCGGACAACACUAUAGCUACACCAUUUUCUUUCCCAGCUGCUAUUCAUUUGUUUCGCUUUUUCAUUUAGCAUAUUGCAAAUUAAUCGUUAAGACUUCAUAAUUGUUUUUCAGUGUUUUCCUAAUCUUGAGUUAUGUCUUUUAUGGAUUCCAUAAAAUCGAUUGGUUUCCAAAUCUUAAGAAAAAUGAAGAAAUUGAAGCCCAAACGUUAUGAAAACUAUCGUUCUUGGUUUGCUGAUCCGGAUGAAAUUAGUUUUGUGGAGUUUGUGGAAUAUGAUUUCAUUACCAUUCAGAAGGCCACAAAUAACUUCUCCGAAACAAACAAGGUAGGAGGAGGAGGUUUUGGUGUUGUAUACAAGGGUACACUUGAAGAUGGAGAGCAAGUUGCUGUGAAGAGGUUGUCUAAAAAUUUAAGGGAAGGAAAUCUAGAAUUUAAAAAGGAGGUGGCUUUAAUGGCCAAGUUUCAACACAGGAAUUUGGUGAGGCUUCUUGGUUUUAGCUUGGAAGGAAAAGAAGUGCUUUUGGUAUAUGAAUUCGUUCCCAAUGGCGGCCUUGACAAUUUUUUAUUUGAUCCUGUAAAACGUGGAUGUUUGAAUUGGGAGAGACGUUACAAAAUAAUACAAUGCAUUGCUAGAGGGCUUAUUUAUCUGCACGAAGGUUCUCCUAUUCGCAUUAUUCAUUGCAAUCUCAAAGCUAGUAAUGUUCUGCUAGAUGAAAAUUUAAACCCAAAGAUUGUGGACUUUGACAUGGCCAAGUUGUUUGGUUUAGACAAAACCCACGACUCUACUACAAACAGAACCAGUGGAUAUAUAGCACCAGAGUGCGCGUUGCAGGGUGAAAUUUCUGUUAGAACAGACGUAUAUAGUUUUGGAGUGUUAGUCUUGGAAAUUAUAAGCGGACAGAAAUUUGCCAGAUUUCAAAAUGAAGAAUCUAUGAAUAACCUUUUAAUCUAUGCUUGGACACAUUUGAAAGGUGGGUCUGCUUCAAAUGUGAUAGAUCCAAUGCUGAGUGGUAUAUCAUGUCCAGUGCAUGAGAUAACAAAAUGCAUCCACAUUGCCUUGCUGUGUGUUCAAGAAAGUGUUGCAGACAGACCAAAAAUGGCUGAAAUUCUUCAAAUGCUAAGUAACUUAUCUUUGAGCCUUCCAGUACCUCUAGCCCCGGGAUUUUGUUCAGAGGCUUCAAGCCAGUUUACGAGAAAUGUGAAGUCAGUUAGCGAUCAAUAUAACAGGAAAAUGCAGAAGAAGAAGGCCAAAAGCUAUGCGAAGACUGUGGAAGAAUCUAGCUCGAGUGUAGAAAUUAGUCAUGUGGAGUCUCAUUUAAAAUAUGAAUUGAUUACUAUACAAAAUGCAACAAAUAACUUCUCUGAAGCAAACAAGUUAGGAGCCGGGGGAUAUGGGAUAGUAUACAAGGGAAAACUUGAAAAUGGACUAGAAGUUGCUGUGAAGAGGUUAUCAAAAUAUUCAGCCCUAGGUAAUUUACAAUUUAAAAAUGAGGUGGCUUUAAUAGCUAAGCUUCAACACAGGAAUUUGGUAAGGCUAUUUGGUUAUUGCCAAGAAGGAAGAGAAAUGAUUCUUGUCUAUGAAUUUCUUCCCAAUGGUGGCCUUGACGGAUUUUUAUUUGAUCCUGUAAAAUGUGGAUAUUUGAAUUGGGGGAGACGUUACAAAAUAAUAGAAAGCAUUGGCAAAGGGCUUGUUUAUCUGCACGAAGACUCUCGUCUUCGCAUUGUUCAUCGCGAUAUCAAAGCUAGUAACAUUCUACUAGAUGCAGAUUUGAUCCCAAAAAUUGCAGACUUUGGCAUUGCCUGGUUCUUUGCUUUAGAUGAAACUGAAGGCUCUACAUAUACAAUCGCGGGGACCUACGGAUAUAUGGCACCAGAGUAUUUAAUGCAUGGCCAAUUUUCUGUUAAAUCAGAUGUAUAUAGUUUUGGUGUAUUAGUCCUGGAAAUUAUAAGUGGUCAAAAGUGUAGUUAUCCUGGACCUGACUUAGACCUUAUGAACUAUGCUUGGACACAUUGGAAAGGUGGGUCUUCUUCAAAUGUGAUAAAUCCAAUGCUGAGAGGUUUGUCAAGUCCAGUGGAUGAUAUAACAAAAUGCAUUCAUAUUGCGUUGCUGUGUGUUCAAGAAAAUGUUGAAGAUAGGCCAACGAUGAGUGAAGUUACUCAAAUGCUAAGUGACUUAUCUUUGAGACUUCCUGUCCCCUCUGUCCCUGCAUAUUUGAUUGAUAAUAAUGAUAGUAGGAUUAGUAGCAGCUUCAGUUCAGAGGGGAAUGAGAUGUCAAUUAGUGAGGAUGAAUAUCCCAGAUAGCUUCCAAAGUGAUGCCAAACUGAUCAGUUCAACCACAUAUCCUAAUAUACUGCAUUUGCGUAUUCAAAAUUUGAUAUUUGCCUUUUUAAUUUGUGUUAGGAUCAUCUGUAACCUGACUAUGAUAACUAGUAGCAAAGACGCACCUUUAUUUUCUAAUAGAUUAUCAUCACAUUUUUUGAGA